UCUGUCCUGUGUUAUAGGGGGCGACAAGACUUCCGAGUUGACGUGUGGUACGUGCUCGUAGAUAUUGCUUGCAUGGACCGCUACAGUGGAUGUUAAUGGACCCCUAACACAAAGAAAUGUAAAAACAAAAGUCAACUGCAACCCCGGCACGUUUACUGCAGUUUCCGCAUGUCAUCAUUUGGAUCAAGUUCCCCAGAAUGACCCAUUCACGACCCAACGAGUUUAUUCCACCACCGGAGUGCCCUGUCUUUGAGCCCAGCUGGGAGGAAUUUGCCGACCCUUUUGGGUUCAUCAACAAAAUACGUCCAAUUGCUGAAAAUACUGGCAUCUGCAAGAUCCGACCGCCCCCGGGAUGGCAACCACCAUUUGCCUGUGAUGUGGACAGACUGCAUUUCACCCCACGCAUUCAAAGGCUCAAUGAGUUAGAGGCCCAGACCAGAGUGAAACUCAACUUUCUAGACCAGAUAGCGAAGUUCUGGGAGCUGCAGGGCUGCACCUUGAAAAUUCCUCAUGUCGAGCGCAAAACCUUGGAUCUAUAUGUGCUCUACAAGCUUGUCAAGGAGGAGGGAGGCUUUGAAGUGGUCUGCAAGGACCGAAGAUGGACUCAGAUUGCAAUGAAGAUGGGUUUUGCUCCCGGUAAAGCUGUUGGCUCUCACUUGCGUGCUCAUUUUGAGAGGAUUCUUUAUCCUUACUAUCUGUUCCAGAAAGGAGCUAAUCUUAUGAACUCUUUGAAGCCGACUCUGACUAAUGACACCAAAGACAAGGAGUAUAAGCCCCAUGAUCUGCCCCAGCGCCAGUCAGUCACACCAGCAGAAACCUGCACUAUUGCCCGCAGAGCCAAGCGGACAGAGGGACGCUGUUUUAAAUCAGAACAAGGUGAGGUGUGUGAAGACAAGCCUAACCUGAGGAGGAGAAUGGGGUCGUGCGCGACAAAACAGGAACCAGUGAAAGAAAUACCAAUCAAGGUGAAACAAGAACCCAUUGAGCCAACAAUUGAGGGUGAAAAAUCCAAGGUGGAGCAAUAUAUAUGCUUGGCGUGUAGGGGUGGAGGCGAUGAAGAUAGACUCUUGCUCUGUGAUGGGUGUGAUGACAGUUACCACACCUUUUGCCUGAUCCCUCCCCUUCAUGAUGUCCCCAAAGGUGACUGGAGGUGCCCCAAGUGCCUAGCUCAGGAGUGUGGUAAGCCACAAGUGGCGUUUGGGUUUGAGCAGGCCUCUAGAGACUACACCCUCCGCACCUUCGGGGACAUGGCGGACUCAUUCAAGUCCGACUACUUCAACAUGCCUGUUCAUAUGGUUCCCACAGAGCUAGUGGAAAAGGAGUUCUGGCGACUGGUAAGCACCAUUGAGGAGGACGUCACCGUGGAGUAUGGGGCGGAUAUCGCCUCCAAGGACUUUGGAAGUGGCUUCCCUGUUAAAAACGGCACCUUCAAAGUCUCCCCAGAGGAGGAGGAUUAUCUGAGAGGUGGCUGGAACCUUAACAACAUGCCAGUACUGGAAGCAUCUGUGCUGACUCAUGUCACAGCGGACAUCUGUGGGAUGAAGCUCCCAUGGCUUUACGUGGGCAUGUGCUUCUCCUCCUUCUGCUGGCAUAUUGAAGACCACUGGAGCUAUUCCAUCAACUAUCUGCACUGGGGAGAGCCAAAAACGUGGUAUGGCGCUCCUGGCUACGCUGCUGAGAAGUUGGAGAAAGUGAUGAAGAACCUGGCUCCCGAGCUCUUUGAGUCUCAGCCAGACCUUCUCCACCAGCUGGUCACUAUUAUGAAUCCAAAUAUCCUCAUGGAUCAUGGAGUACCGAUUUACCGUACAAACCAGUGUGCUGGCGAGUUUGUCAUUACUUUCCCGAGGGCCUAUCACAGCGGAUUCAACCAAGGAUUUAACUUUGCUGAGGCUGUCAAUUUCUGCACAGCAGACUGGAUAUCUCUUGGACGGAAGUGUGUUGAGCACUAUCGAUCUCUAAACAGAUACUGCGUUUUCUCCCAUGAUGAGAUGCUCUGUAACAUCGCCGCCAAGGCAGACAGUCUGGAGUUAGAACUGGCCUGUGCUGUUCAUAAGGACAUGGGCAUUAUGAUUCAAGAAGAGAAGGAUCUUCGUGAGAAAGCCUAUAAGCUGGGUGUGUGGCACUCCCAGCAGGUUGACUAUGACUUACUGCCGGAUGAGGAACGGCAGUGUGCUAAGUGCCGGACCACCUGUUACCUGUCUGCCAUCACCUGUCCCUGUAGCCCCGAGCAGGUGGUCUGUCUCCACCACAUCCAAGACCUCUGCUCCUGCCCUGCUAGCAGCUACAAACUGAACUAUAAAUACACCCUUGCCGAACUGAAUCCCUAUUUCCAGGCUGUGACGUCUCGUGCGGAGUCCUACGAUGACUGGGCAUCUAAAGUUAACAAGAUUUUGAAAGCAGAUCAGGAUAAUAAAAGUGAUGUGGAGGAUCUUCGCUCCUUGAUCGUAGAAGCAGAGAAAAAGAUGUACCCCGAGACUGACCUGCUAAAUCACCUGCGUCAAGUCAUUCAGAAUGCAGAGAGGAGCGCUUCAAUGGCCCAACAACUUCUCAACGGCAAGAGACAGACGAGGUAUCGCUCAGGUGGGGGAAAGUCUCAGAACCAGCUCACUAUAGAAGAGCUGCGAUCGUUUGUCAAUCAGUUGUAUGAUCUGCCCUGUACCAUUCGACAGGCCCCUUUCUUAAAGGCGCUUUUAAGUCGUGUCGAACAGUUCCAGCAACAGAGCUUGGAUCUCCUUGCAGAGGACAUGUCGGGUUCCUCUGCCCUCCAAAGCCUUCUCGAUGAAGGUGCAGGCCUGGAUGUGGAGUUGCCUCAGCUGGCAGUUUUGAGGCAAAGAAUGGAGCAGGCCCGCUGGGUGGAGGCCGUUCAGCAAGCCAGCGAUGAGCCGGCCAACCUCAGUUUAGAUUGCAUGAGGAGGCUCAUAGAUCAAGGAGUGGGCCUGGCCCCUCACGCAUGUGUGGAGCGAACCAUGGCCCGCUUACAAGAGCUGCUCACUGUCUGCGAACAUUGGGAAGAAAAGUCCCACAACAUGCUCACUGCUAGACCGCAUCAUAGCAUUGAAACUCUUGAGGCAGCCAUACAGGAAGUGGACUGCAUCCCAGCAUACCUGCCCAGCUGUCUAGAGCUCACAGACUGUGUCAGUAGGGCCAGAGAAUGGAUACAAGAAGCAGAUGCUCUUCAGGUUGGAGGGCGUAUCCCUGUUCUUGCUACACUUUCUGAACUUGUGUCAAGAGCCAGAGGUAUUCCAGUAAUGUUGGAACCCUUGACCCGGCUGGAAAGUUUGGUGUGUGAAGUACAGGCCUGGAAGGAAAGCGCAGCUAAAACAUUCUUGUUAAGGAACUCAUCCCAUUCUCUUCUUGAGGUUCUGUGCCCAAGGUGUGAGACUGGAACUCAGAAGUCAAAGUCUAAAAAAGUCAAGGAUGUCUCGGUACCUUGCAAGAAACCAGAUGUGAAACUUGAUUCCCUCUGUGAUGUGGAAAAAGCACUUUCCACAAGCAAAGAUACAGCUUCAGCAAUGGCCACUCUGGGUGAUGUCCAUCAGAAAGAGUUGGAGAGUCUGUUCAUCUUAAGGACCUCAAAUGAGUCCAAGUUCCAGUCUUUACCCAGCUCUUUGGCCCCAACAGUGUGCUUGUGUCACACCGUUCAUGCAGGCCCAAUGCUCCAGUGUGAACUCUGUCGAGAUGCCUACCACAGUGGCUGUGUACCAGGGUUCAACGACAUUCUGGCGGGACAGCCGUGGUUAUGCCCGCUCUGUAAGCGGUCAGAGAAGCCUCCUCUGGAUAAGGUGCUGCCCCUGCUGGCAUCCUUACAGCGGAUUCGGGUGCGGCUUCCCGAGGGUGAUGCCCUACGAUAUGUGAUUGAAAGAACAGUGCGUUGGCAACACAGGGUGCAGCAGGUUUCUCUUCCAACACAGCAUCCUAAUGGAAAAGCAGGACACGUUUCUGGAAUUGUAUCAUCUCACACACUGGAAGGGAACAUUGGUUCUUUCUACAUGCUACAGCCAUGCAUCCCUCUCGAUGGCCUCAGAAGUGAGUUGGAGGAGCUGUUGGUGGAGGGUCUUCUCCUGCAGGUGACUUUACCUGAACUCCAACAGCUUUAUAGCAACCUGAUCAACAGGUUUUCGCCUCCCCAACACUCCCUGCAGAGCAGCGAACAUGAUCAUCAGUAUCACAUUGCCCAAGACCGAAGUUCGCCUCACAGGAGCCCCCCGCACAGCAAAGGACAGGAUGGAGUUCCAGAGAUCAGUAGGGAACCCGAGAAGGUUGAGAAGAACAGUAAACGGCGUCUAGAUAAGGAAAACCUGGACGGGCAACCCAUAGACAAGAUGAAGAAGCCCAAGAAGAAGAAGCCCAAAAUGAGCAAAGAAAGGAGAAGAGAGGAGAAAAGAACCAUCUCGCCCUCCAACUCUCUUUCUGACCCAUCACAUUCAGAAGACUCUGAGGAGGAUUGGUCGGUGUGCUCUGCAAAGCGAUGUCAACAGCCAGAAGGAAACGAGGUGAACUGGGUCCAGUGUGAUGGAAGUUGUAACCAGUGGUUCCACCAGGUUUGUGUGGGAGUGUCUGCUGAGCAGGCUGAGAAUGAGGACUACAUCUGUGUCAGCUGCACAAUAAACAAAUGAGGACCAAAAAUUGUUUUUUGAAGGAUAGUCAAAAAGGCUCCCCGUUUUGCACACAAGUUACCGCACCAAGAAAGCACCAGAUGGAUAUCCUCCUUCGAUCCCCCUCCUUACUGAACACCGAUCCCUUUCCCUUGGUGCUACUGCCUUCUUGAUAGGACUGUUAACAAAGAUCUGUAUGAUUCUUCUGCUAUGUUUUUUUUUGUAUUUUUGAAGAUUACCUUCUAUAACAUUUUCUUUAAAGAACGUGAUGCAUAGAUGUACCUCAGGGGUUUCCAUCCCAUAAAAAACAGUAGGGGACCUCAGCUUCCCAAAAUGUAUUUUGUUCAUAUUUAUUUUCACCCCGGUCACCUUUUGCAUUUCUAAUGUGAAUUUAUCAAAUGAAAUUGAUCUGGUAUAUUUACACCAAAUGUAAUAAUUGGACUAGACAAAAUGGUCUGAACUUAUUUUUGGAGCCCACUGUUUUGGUACAUGUGUCUGAUAAUAUAAAAUAUUAUUUAUUUAUCCCAGCAAAAACUCUGCUGGAUACCCUGAUUUUCAGUAGCUUGAAAUCUUCUCUGAUCUGUUGCUUGAUGCAUUAGAAGUGUUUGUACAGAAUCCUUAAGUAGGUUGUCAGAUGGGAGAUGUAGCAGGCAGAAGAAAAAGCUGUGUGAAAAUACUUUGUGAUGUAUACUGUGGCUUUCUUUAAACUCACAAAACAGAUCUUUCUGAUGUUAAUUCAGUUGUGAAAUUAAAUUGUUCUCACAUAUAAAUACUGAACAUACUGGA